UGAGUGUGUGCACGCUCCAUUCCGGGGCUUUGCGCGAGCCGCGCGCAUCAGUGGUAGGAGGGGACAGAGCCGCUCCUGCGGGCGCACCGGCAGCCCCGGCUCCGCAGGUGCCGCCCGACCGGCACCGGCACCGCACGGCCCGGCCCGGCCCGGCCCGGCCCGGCACGGCUCGGCACGGCACGGAGCGCAUCGGCUCGGCUCGAUCUGCACGGCUCGGCUCGGAUCUGCACGGCUCGGCGCGGAUCUGCACAGCUCGGCGCGGAUCUGCGCGGCUCGGCGCGGCUCGGCGCGGAUCUGCGCGGCUCGGCACGGCUCGGCGCGGAUCUGCGCGGCUCGGCACGGCUCGGCACGGCGCGGCUGCCGCGGGACGGGCCGGCGCGGCCGCACUAAGAUGUGCCAUGAGCGGUCCGGCCUCGGCGCCGACCGGCCGCUCCGCCUGAGCCCCGGGCAGCAGCCGCCCGCUCCCCCGCUGCCCCUGGGGCCGUAGGGCCGCGCCGGCCCGCGCCCUCCCCAACGAUGCCCCAUCUCUGGCCGGCCCUCCGCGGCGUGCUCUGGGAAUACUGGGCAGCGCUCCUGGUCGGCGGCCUCUGGGGCCAGUGCUCGCACGGGAUGCCGCAUGUCAUCCGGAUCGGAGGAAUCUUUGAGUAUGCAGAUGGCCCCAACACCCAGGUUAUGAGUGCUGAGGAGCAAGCCUUCAGAUUUUCUGCCAAUAUUAUUAAUAGAAACAGAACUUUGUUGCCUAACACAACACUAACCUAUGACAUUCAGAGGAUACACUUCCACGACAGCUUUGAAGCAACUAAGAAAGCCUGUGACCAGCUCGCUCUGGGGGUCGUAGCAAUAUUCGGACCUUCCCAAGGCUCCUGCACCAACGCCGUCCAGUCCAUUUGCAACGCCCUGGAAGUCCCUCACAUACAGCUUCGAUGGAAGCAUCACCCUUUGGAUAACAAGGACACUUUCUACGUCAACCUGUAUCCCGACUAUGCUUCCCUUAGCCAUGCCAUUCUGGACCUUGUGCAGUAUUUGAAAUGGAGGUCAGCCACUGUGGUUUACGAUGACAGCACAGGCCUUAUACGGCUGCAAGAGCUCAUCAUGGCCCCGUCGAGGUACAAUAUCCGGCUGAAAAUCCGCCAGCUCCCGCUGGACACCGACGAUGCCCGGCCGCUGCUGAAGGAGAUGAAGCGGGGCAGGGAAUUCCGCAUCAUCUUCGACUGCAGCCACUUGAUGGCAGCUCAGAUCCUCAAGCAGGCCAUGGCCAUGGGAAUGAUGACAGAAUACUACCACUUCAUCUUCACCACUCUGGAUCUUUAUGCAUUAGACCUAGAGCCAUACCGCUACUCUGGAGUGAACCUGACCGGCUUCCGCAUCCUCAACGUGGAGAACCCGCACGUGUCCUCCAUCAUCGAGAAGUGGUCCAUGGAGCGGCUGCAGUCAGCGCCCAAGGCGGAGCUGGGACUGCUCGACGGCGUCAUGAUGACAGACGCUGCCCUCCUGUACGACGCGGUGCACGUGGUCUCUGUCUGCUACCAGCGCGCCCCUCAGAUGACCGUGAACUCCCUGCAGUGCCAUCGGCACAAAGCCUGGAGGUUCGGUGGCCGCUUCAUGAAUUUUAUAAAAGAGGCCCAAUGGGAAGGAUUAACAGGACGAAUUGUCUUUAAUAAAACUAGUGGUUUACGGACAGAUUUUGAUUUGGAUAUCAUCAGUCUCAAAGAAGAUGGUCUCGAAAAGGUUGGAGCAUGGAGCCCUUCCGACGGCUUGAACAUCACAGAAAUUGCCAAAGGACGAGGGCCUAAUGUCACCGACUCGCUGAGCAACAGAUCUCUAAUUGUCACCACUGUCCUGGAGGAGCCCUUUGUCAUGUUCCGUAAGUCCGACACGGCCCUGUUCGGGAACGACCGCUUUGAGGGUUACUGCAUCGACCUCCUGAAGGAGCUGGCCAUCAUCCUGGGCUUCACCUACGAGAUCCGGCUGGUGGAGGACGGGAAAUAUGGGGCGCAGGACGAGAAAGGGCAGUGGAACGGGAUGAUCAAGGAGCUCAUCGACCACAAAGCUGACCUGGCCGUUGCUCCUCUCACCAUCACCCACGUUCGGGAGAAAGCCAUAGACUUCUCCAAGCCCUUUAUGACCCUGGGGGUCAGCAUCUUGUACCGGAAGCCCAACGGCACCAACCCCAGCGUGUUCUCCUUCCUCAACCCCCUGUCUCCUGACAUCUGGAUGUACAUCCUCCUCGCCUACCUGGGGGUCAGCUGUGUGCUGUUUGUCAUAGCCAGGUUCAGCCCGUACGAGUGGUACGAUGCUCAUCCCUGCAACCCCGGAUCGGACGUGGUGGAGAACAACUUCACCCUAUUGAACAGCUUCUGGUUUGGGAUGGGAGCGCUGAUGCAGCAAGGCUCUGAGCUGAUGCCCAAAGCACUGUCUACACGGAUCAUUGGUGGCAUAUGGUGGUUCUUCACCCUAAUUAUCAUCUCGUCCUACACGGCCAACCUUGCUGCCUUCCUGACAGUGGAGAGGAUGGAAUCCCCCAUCGACUCGGCAGAUGACUUGGCAAAGCAGACAAAAAUAGAGUAUGGAGCAGUGAAGGAUGGAGCUACUAUGACCUUCUUCAAGAAAUCCAAAAUUUCCACAUUUGAAAAAAUGUGGGCUUUCAUGAGCAGCAAACCCACAGCGCUUGUUAAAAACAACGAGGAAGGGAUCCAGCGAACCCUCACAGCCGAUUACGCCCUGCUGAUGGAGUCGACCACCAUCGAAUACAUCACCCAGAGGAACUGCAACCUGACGCAGAUCGGGGGGCUCAUCGAUUCCAAAGGCUACGGGAUCGGGACCCCCAUGGGGUCGCCCUACAGGGACAAGAUCACCAUCGCCAUCCUCCAGCUCCAGGAGGAGGACAAGCUCCACGUAAUGAAGGAGAAGUGGUGGCGGGGGAACGGCUGCCCUGAGGAUGAGAACAAGGAGGCCAGCGCUCUGGGCAUCCAAAACAUCGGCGGGAUUUUCAUCGUUUUGGCAGCAGGCUUGGUGCUGUCCGUCUUCGUGGCCAUGGUGGAGUUCAUCUACAAGCUGCGCAAAACGGCGGAGCGUGAGCAGCGCUCCUUCUGCAGCGCCAUGGCCGAUGAGAUCCGGCUGUCGCUCACCUGCCAGCGACGGGUCAAACACAAGCCCCAGCCACCCGUCAUGGUGAAGACAGACGCCGUGAUCAACAUGCACACGUUCAACGACCGACGGCUGCCGGGGAAGGACAGCAUGACCUGCAACACUGGACUGGCACCUGUGUUUCCCUAGGGAACGGGAACGGGGGGGUGGGAGGGAAGGAACUGCGUCAGACAAGGCUGGAUGCACUCUUAACUAGGGAAGAAAGGAUUAAAAAAAAAAAAAAACAAGAAAAAAACAGAAAAAAAAAAAAAAGCCUGGUUUGGUUCAUUUCAAGAACAAGGCCUUUGCACCACAACUGCAUCGAUUACUGGCAUAGAAGCAAGAACUUCAAAGCAAGGACUGUAACAUGGGUCUUGGGGCUUUUCUGUUUGUUUUUUGUUACUUUUCAUUCCUUUUUUUUUUUUUUUUUUUUUUUUUUUUUUAGCUUAGAUCCUACAGGCCUCAUGGAGUUCAAACAUGCUACCAUCCAGGAGUCCGAUGUUUACAUACUGAAACACAUGGAGGCAAAACAGAAUUGAGCCAAACUGACCCUCGGUGGGUAGGGAGGAGCCCCCGAGCAAGGCUUCUUUAGCAUGGCAAUAAAAAGAAACACUUUGUGAGGUGCAGCAUGAGCAGCCGUCUGUGCGGGCAUCUAUUCCACACUGACAUACACAGCACAUUCAGGACACGUUGUCCAGGAACGGGAGAGGUAUCUGUGAAGCACCGUGAUGGUCAAGGCUGUGCCUUCCCUCAGAGCAGCUCAUGGCAGCCCGUCACCCCCCGGCUGUGCUGGCCGUCGCCACCCCCCAGCUGGAACUCCACGUGGGGUGUGGGGGGAGAAGGCAACACACGUUCCCUCCGUAGAUCCAAGACUGCAAAGGGGCGAGUAAGCCUGAACGGAGCCAAACUCCUGGCCAGGGACGGGCCAGCGUGGUGAGCACGGGAGCCACGGCCACCUCCGAGCAACACCAGCCACACGCCCCGUGCCAAACUCCAGCCCACGCCCAGCGCCACACCGGGAUCUCCGGGUCCUCAGCUCCUUCCCGCAAAGCCCAGCCUCUCCGGCCAAGCCGCGCAGAAAGCAGCCGAGCCCGCAGGCUCCGGCAGCGGCAGGGGCAGAGCUGUUCCCAGGAGCCGAGCGGUACCAACUCCCCUGAAAGCAGCAGCGCUGAGCUGCGGCUCUGCCGCCUUCGCGCUCAGACCAGGGCGGGACUCUACGUCUGGUUGGGGACUAAACGCUCUCCACGGCAUCAGGGACCUGAGAGGCAAAGUCUCAGGCUGCAGGGCCAGGGCUGGCCUGGGGCGAGCAGCACCGUGUGAGCCAAACCUGACAGCCCUCUUGCUCUGCCCGGUGAAGCGCAGCCCCUCAGCCAGCAUCUCCACGCGAUUUAAGCAAACACACACUAAAACGUUUUUAAGAAAUCUUCCACGAACUGUGUUCUUAUUUUCAGGUCGCUUAACCCAGAAGGCUGGUCCUGCAGAUGAAUUCAGUCAGAAUUACCAAAGACCCCUCUGCUGACCUAAAGUAACGUUCGAGUAAUGUCACUCAGCUCCACCCCGCCGUGGGGAGCCGCACGGGCGGCCAGUGGGACGCUCUGUGGAUUAAUGUGCAAAAUGAAACAAACAGAAAUGGCUCUGCCCACUGUAACCCAGAACAUCAGAGUGUCGCAAAGGUGCUUAAAAGCUCUGAUUUUAACACCGGUGUUGGAGAAAAGAGCAACCUCCUGCCCUUGCAGCCGUCAGGGUGACAGUGACCUGGCGCAACCGCGCAGCUGCUGGAAACCCCUCCUGCACCCACCCGUAAACCCGGGUUUGGGGGGCCGGAGCUCCGCACCCCGAAACUUCCCCCUCCGGGUGGCGAGCGCAGCGAGGUGCCGCGGCCACCGCGGGAACCAGCGGCUGAACUGACCCAGUUUGCCCUCCCCUACCUGCAAGGCCUUUCUGGGAAGUUUAUCCUCGCCCAAAGGAACAAACCUGUUUGUAACUGAUGUCAGAUUUUUUUUUUCCCCACCUGUUUAGUUCCGAGGCUCAGUUAGGAAGGUUAUCUUUGGAGCUGAGCACAAUUAGCAAAUUAGCUCAAGGGGAAAUAGCUCUUCCCCUCCUGCCCCAUCACAGAACAUAAUUUGUCCUUAUUUUGUUCUCUACAUGAUGUAAAGAAGCAACAGAGUGACCCGGAAAAAAAAAAAAAAAAGGCAAUUUGUCAUAUUUUGACUCAAGUAAAGAUAUGCAAAGAAUUUACAUUAAUUUUCACCUUUUCACAGAAACCAUGAAAAAUUGGGAGUGAAAGCUGCCAAUUCAAUGGGCAUCAUAUUGUUAAUAGUUUGCUGACCAAAAGCCUACAGCAGAGGAUAGACUGGAAGUAUGGGUCUGCUUCCCAAAGCUAAUGACUUUCUUUCUGUAUUUCUUUGCAAAUCCUUAGGCUUGUCAGAGUAGAAGGAUUUAUGUUUUCUUUGCAGAUCUCUAAGCUCUUAGAGAUUUUUACAAUUAAGCCAGACAUAAAAACAAACCCUGAAACUGGCUUUAAACGUCCAGACAGUAAAAUACCACAGAAAAUAGCACUCAUUUUGCUUCUUGGCAGAUUUUUUUAAAAUAAAUAAAUAUUAGGAAUACCAUAAACCCCAUCUAUUCAUCUCUGACACCAGUUUGAUUUGAUUUUACUCACAGAUGUCCCUGAGUGACAGGUGAGCAUCUGGAAUUACCAGUGCUAUUUGCCAACAAGACCAAACCCUGCCGAUUAACCUUUCCCCGACCCUCCCUGCGCUGACCGUAACUCAGCCAUGAAACAGCAGCCAACUCCCUGCAUCUACACUAUGGGUUCACGUUUAAAUCCUGACCGCUAAAACGUUUGAUAUCGAACAACAAGGAAACGUUCUGCCCUGCUCAAAAGAACAGAGGAGCAGGGGGAGCAGGCUGGGAGCCCAGCGCUCCCCCUUCCCCGCCGGGGUGAGCCGGCUCCAGGGCUCGGGCUGCGCUGCAAAGCGGGGGCAGCCGCCCCGGGACCCGGGUAAAUGCAGCCCGGUGCUACGGGCUCGGCAGGGACCGGCGCCUCUCCCGCGGCUCCCACGGCUCCCACGGGGUGUUUGAUCCCCGCGGCGGAGGACGAGCCUGACGCCGAGCCGGGAGACUUCGGCAGGGGCAGGUCUGAGGGCAAAGCCUCGACGCCUUCUGCGAGCUGCGCUGGGACCUGUUUGUGACUACUGACGACUCACGUCUUAGGAAUCAUCUGACUUCCAACUUCGCUUAAGUCAGUUCCUUUCUUCACUUGGUGGGCAGAGGGACUGAAAAAGUGAGGAGGAAAUAACGAAAAAACAGGUUUGGGCCAUUAAACUGUAUCUAAGUUGUUGUCACCUCAGUCCCUUUAUCACUUGCUUUUUCCUUCCAGCUCUCCCAUGACACAGAGCGGGGGCACAGCGGGGAGCUUUGCUCGGGGUUGCUUUUCUGUCUGGAGUUAACCGACAGCGCGUGUUGGGGACGACGUUGAGGGCACAGAUCCACAAAAGAGACGGAACGUGCAAAGGGGAACCAGCUCCAGCUCUGGGCAGCCGCUGCUCCCGCUCGGUGGGUGCUGGGGGAGCAGGAUUCGGCCGGGCGCCAGCCGCGGGUGGUCUCCGGGAAGGUCAGCGCAAAGGGACCCGCAGAUCUGGCAGCUCCCGCCCGGGCAGCUGGGCCACGCGUGGCCAAAGCGUGGGGAGACCCCGCGCCCCCGCGCCCCCGGGUGCCACGGCGCGUCCCUGCGCGGGCGUCAGCGGGGCGCUCGGGGCUGGCCGAGCAGGAGCGCUCCCGGGCAUCGGCGGCGCAGGCCCUCUGCUGUCUCUACCUUACUUUGACAUGUUUCUCAAAAAAAGACAAAAAAAAAGGAAAAAAAAAAACAAAAACAAAAAACAAAAAAAACACA